CUGUCAAGAAGAGUCCACGAGGAGAAGGGUGCGCCGCGCCCGCGUGUCAAUGGCAGCUGCGCCUACUGGAAGAAGUUGGUUCUUGUCCGGAAUACUUUUCCUCCGGUGCCCCACCCCUUGAAUCAGCAGCCGCUGCCUCUUGCGGCUGGAGCAGGGACAAGUGGAGUUUGGGGCAGCUGUCAAAAACAAGGGUGGGGGUGUCUUUUCUUCUCUGGGAUGGACCGGAGUGAAGGAGGAGGUGUCCUUAACUCUCUCCCCAUCGGUUGCAAACUAAAAGCACUUUUCGCCCCGGGAGGAAAGGCCCCGGAGGAGAAACCGGUGUGGCCGCCGAGGUCUGAGGGAUGUGGACGGCGUUAGCGCUCCAGGCAGGCAGGCAUGACCCUGUUUCUGGGCUCCGCCACCCCAGAGAGGGACCAGUGACCGCGGCCCCCCGGAUCAGGGCUGUUGAGCUGGAAGGCCUUGUUGCGGCUUCUGGCAGCGAGACUGAGGAUGAAGACAGCAUGGAUAGUCCCCUGGACCUGUCCUCUUCAGCGGCCUCUGGCAAGAGAAGGAGGAGAGGCAACUUGCCCAAGGAGUCUGUUCAGAUCCUGCGGGACUGGCUGUAUGAACACAGAUACAACGCGUAUCCCUCCGAGCAAGAGAAAGCCCUGCUCUCCCAGCAGACACACCUGUCCACACUGCAGGUCUGUAACUGGUUCAUCAACGCCCGCCGCAGGCUCCUCCCUGACAUGCUGAGAAAGGAUGGCAAAGAUCCAAAUCAGUUCACAAUUUCCCGCCGUGGGGCCAAGAUUUCAGAAGCUAGUUCUGUGGAAGCUGCCAUGGGUAUCAAAAACUUCAUGCCGGCUCUAGACGAGAGCCCGUUUCAUUCCUGCACAGCUGGACCCAACCCAACCCUAGGGAGGCCAGUGUCUCCCAAGCCUUCCUCCCCAGGAUCCAUCUUGGCUCGCCCAUCAGUGAUCUGCCAUACCACUGUGACUGCAAUGAAAGAUGGCCCUUUCUCUCUCUGUCAGCCGGUUGGUGUGGGACAGAGCACAGACGUACAGCAAAUAACAGCCAGCAGCUUCACAGACACCUCUCUCGUGUACCCUGAGGACACUUGCAAAUCUGGACCGAGUCCAAACCCUCAGAGCGGCCUUUUCAACACUCCUCCCCCUACUCCGCCGGACCUCAACCAGGAUUUUAGCGGAUUCCAGCUCCUAGUGGAUGUUGCACUCAAACGAGCGGCAGAGAUGGAGCUGCAGGCCAAACUCACAGCUUAACCCUUCUUCAUCCGAAACAGUUCUCCACAAUACGGUCCUGACUGUCAGAGUGAUGGCAAGAGAUGCAUUAUUUUAUAUAUUUUUCUAUGAAUAUUUGCACAUGGGAUUGCUCAAACGAAGCUUCCUGUUACUAAGAUGUCUUCAAUGGAAUGCAGCCAUUCAUUCCAAGAACUACAAACUAAAGCUACUGUAGAAACCGAGGGUUUUCUUUUAAAAAUGUUUCUUGGUAGAUUUUUUCAUAAUGUGAGAUGUUCCCAAUAUCAUGUGAUCUUCUCCCCACUCUUUUUUUUUUUUUUGAUGUUUUUUUCCAGACUGUGCAAUACUUAGAAGCCGUAGCGUCUUUCUAUUUCCAUGUGGAACAGAAUUCCCACAUACAGUCUAGUAAAUACAUUUUCAGUUUUGUUUUUUUUUUUUUAUUUUAAGAUUCAGGCAAGUAUGAAUCUAGUUGUUGGAUAUCUUUUCACGAUGUAAUAAAGUAUUUUCUUUAAAAGUUA